AUGGCCACUCUAGCUGCCUUCAAGCCGCCGGUGGUGCAAAACGAGCCAACGGUAACCACCUCCUCGCCCCUUCAAACCCAACUAAACCCCUCCGCAUUUAAAACCAAUCCCGUAGCCAAAUUUCACGCAGCAGGUCCCGAAGAGGUCACUGAGGCUAUCGAGUCCGCAUUAACCGCUAAGAAAUCAUGGGAGACGUUACCGUUUGCGGACCGUGCAGCGAUUUUCCUGAAAGCAGCUCAUCUAAUCAGUACCAAGUAUCGGUAUGAAUUGAUGGCGGCCACGAUUGUGGGACAAGGGAAGAAUGCGUGGCAGGCGGAGAUCGAUGCUGCCGCGGAGUUGUGUGAUUUCUUGAGGUUCAACGUCCAGUACGCAGCGGAGCUUUAUGCGCAGCAACCAAGUCACAAUUCUCCUGGAGUUUGGAAUCGAAUGGAGUAUCGCCCCCUUGAAGGGUUCGUCUACGCAGUCUCCCCGUUCAACUUCACCGCCAUCGGCGGCAACCUACCCGCGGCACCAGCACUGAUGGGCAACGUGGUUAUCUGGAAGCCAUCACCAUUCGCUGUCGCAGCGAACUUUUUAACCUACAGCAUCCUUGCGGAAGCCGGUCUCCCCCACGGAGUCAUUCAGUUCGUCCCUGGGGAUGCUGAACAAAUAACCCAAACAGUGCUUAACCACCGUCAUUUCUCUGCAUUGCAUUUCACAGGAAGCACUGCCGUAUUUCGAUCCCUGUAUGGCAAAAUCGCCCAGGGAGUCGCAGACAGCAAGUACAUCAGCUACCCGCGCAUCGUAGGUGAAACAGGAGGAAAGAACUUCCACCUCAUCCACCAGAGCGCCGACAUCCCCAACGCAGUGCGGAACACCGUGCGCGCCGCCUUUGAGUUCCAAGGCCAGAAAUGCAGCGCCUGCUCACGCGCCUACGUCCCUUCGAGCAUCUGGCCCGAAUUCCGUCGCCAGCUCAUCGACGAAACAAAGGCGAUAAAGAUCGGCGAUGCUGAAGAUUUCACCAACUUCAUGGGUCCCGUAAUUCACGAGGCGGCGUUUAAGAAACUCUCAUCUGUCAUCGACGAGGCGAAUAAGGAUUCCAGUCUUGAACUGCUCGUUGGCGGGACUUACAGUGAUGACACGGGAUACUUCAUCCACCCCACCAUCUAUGCGACAAAUGAUGCAUCCCAUCCCAUUCUUAGCACUGAGCUCUUCGGGCCCAUCCUGGCAGUCCACAUUUAUGACGAUGGUGCGGAACACGAUGGCUCAUCUGCUCCUGCAAAAAGUGCAGAGACAGCGUUCGAAUCUAUCUGCCACACCAUCGACACCACGAGCCCUUAUGCACUGACGGGCGCCGUGUUCGCGCAGGAUCGAGCGGCGGUGUCAUAUGCGGAGGACGUGCUGCGUAAUGCUGCGGGUAAUUUCUAUAUCAACUGUAAGUGUACGGGGGCUGUGGUGGGGCAGCAGCCGUUUGGAGGGGCGAGGGUAUCGGGCACGAACGAUAAGGCGGGCAGUGCUGGGUUGUUGAGUCGGUUUGUCAGUGUUAGGGCGUUGAAGGAGGAGUUUGAGGCGCUGGAGAAGGUUGGGUAUGCUAGCAAUGAGUAG